CCUCGCUCGUCUUUCGCGCCAUGUAGAUUGCGUGCUAUCAUCAAAAUUAUAUACUGUGCUUGAGCACCACUUGUUCCAUCUGUUCUCAAUAGCCUCAUUAGAGCUGUACUCUAUCACUCCUUCUUCACCAUGGCUUCUCAAACCAAAAUCGUCCUCGUCCUUGGUGCCGGAAAAAAUAUCGGUCAAGGUGUCGCCCAGAAAUUCAGAUCUGCCGGCUAUCGUGUCGCACUCGUGUCUCGAAGCGCAGAGGAUCGAGGGACGACUUCUGAGGGCGACACAACCCUUCGAGCAGACCUGAGCAACCCAUCGUCGGUGCCAUCCAUCUUCACGGCGGUCAAGGAGAUACUCGGCGGCCCUCCAAACGUUGUCGUGUACAACGCGGCGGCUCUGACUCCGCCGACGGAUCCCCAGAAUCCGUUUACUGUUCCGAUUGAGGCACUCGAGCGAGAUCUUUCGGUUCUCAAUACCAGCGCCUACGUCGCGGCCAGGGAGGCCGUGGCCGGAUUCGAAGCCACGGCGGCGGGACUCCCCAAGGCUUUCAUCUACACUGGCAACGGCCUCGCUGGCGCCACAAGCCCUCUGCCACUCCUGGUUGGCCUGGGCACGGGUAAGAGUGCGGCGAGUUACUGGGUCGGCUCGGCCUCUGCGUUUUACAAAGAAAAGGGCUACAAAUUUUGGUUCGCCGAUGAACGUGAUGUUGAGGGGCGGGGAGUGCCGAUAGAUGUGCUCUCCGGUGAAUACGCAGGCGAUUUCUACUGGAAGCUUGCGGAGGAGACGCCGGAAAUUCCGUGGUUUGCGACGUAUGUUGUUGGGAAGGGUUAUGUGCACUUUCCAAAUUCUAGCAGAACAUAGACUUGACGUCCAUUAAGUGAAUUACUCGGCUGACAUAGUUGCCUUAUUUUGGGAGCGGAUGUGCGAGAGAAUAGUUUCGUAAUAGUAAGCGUCAAUUAAAGCGUGG